UAAUUGUUCCAUUCCAUGGUGACGUUUGCUUCCUGUGUUUGCCACUCGAGAGGGAUUCCCCAUCCACCGACUGUAGGUUGUUCUCGAUAAGCUUCAGAGAACUGCAGCUCCUCCCAGUCGCGGCACCGACACAUCAAGAUGUGACUGACUAUAUGAAUAGGGCACCCGAUGCUCUCACUUGAGAACAGUGUCAGUGAAAUCGAUUUCAUCACUUGUCAGAGAAGCUCACAUGGUUAGAGGUAAGGAGUUUAUUCUCACUCACAGUAGGCUAUAGGAAACAUAAGAGAGGGGAACGUUCUGAAGUUGAUGCAGUGAUGUUGAUGCACUUAAAGACUAUUAUGUUAUUUAUUUUUAUGCAUGUGAUUAUAACACUGUUUUUCUGAUUUCACUUAUGAGCCUACAAAAUAUGAAUUCCAUUGUCUUUGAAUUAAAAUAACCCAAGACAUCCAGAAGGGUUUCAUUCUUAAAUUAAGUCCUACCUAUUUUGUAUGUGAUUUAUUUUAUGCAAUUCAAAAAUAAAUAAUAAUAAAUGUGUUAGUGCAUAUUUAAUCAACAAAUAUAUACUAUCAAAUAAAUUGUGAUAUUAUAGCUUAAUUUCAUGAAAGUGUGUCUUCCUUGAUAACAUUAACCUUCAUCAUUCAGCACCAACUGACAUUGUUUUGCAUUGCAUGAUAACGGACUUAUUGCAACGCACAUUACCUACCUUAUUGCAACGCACAUGACCAUCCUUCUAUUGCAUGUGCUUUUUGACAGAGAUGGACUUAGAGGGGGACAGCGGUCUGUCAGUGAGCUGCGGCAACGGGAAACUUAGACAGUGGCUGAUCGAUCAGAUUAACAGCAGUAGCUAUCCCGGACUGGUUUGGGAGAAUGGCGAGAAAAGCAUUUUCAGGAUCCCGUGGAAACAUGCGGGCAAACAGGACUACAAUCGAGACGAGGAUGCUGCACUCUUCAAGGCUUGGGCAUUGUUCAAAGGGAAACACAGGGAAGGAGUGGACAAACCAGACCCCCCCACAUGGAAGACUAGACUGCGAUGUGCUCUUAACAAAAGUAAUGACUUUGACGAGCUGGUGGAGAGAAGCCAACUUGAUAUAUCAGACCCUUACAAAGUCUACAGAAUCAUACCAGAGGGAGCUAAGAGAGGGAUCAAGAUGGCAGAGACAACGUUACAUAUGAGCUCAGAGAGCAACUACCCCAUGCACUCUCUGUACCCAACUCUACACAGCCAGGUGUCUGGCAGCUACAUAGUUCCCCAGGAGAGGAAGGAGUGGAAGGACUACAGCCACACACAGGACCAUCAGCAGCAACCUCAGCCUCAGCACCACCAGCCACCCCACGUUGAGCUGCAGUAUAGCCAGUGCCACUACCCAUCGCCACUCAGCCGACUGUGGCACACCGGGCCACACACAGAUAAUGGUUAUCAGUUCACUGGCUCCUUCUAUUCAUACUCCUCCUCAGAGUCCCACCCCACAGCAUUUACAAUGGACCACAACAUGGCCACCCUUUCUGACUUCCGACUGCAUGUGUCCCUGUUCUACCGUGAGGCUUUGGUCAAGAAGGUAACCACCUCUGGUCCCGAAGGCUGCCAGAUCACCUCGUCUUCCUCCUCCUCUUCCUCGUCUUCCUCUCCCUCCUCCCCCUGCCCUGGGGACAAGCUGUACAGCGGUGCAGAAGUGGUGCUGUUCCCGUCCCCUUACCCCGAGUCACAGAGGAGGGGGGCGGAGAAGCUACCCAACGUCCUGGAGAGGGGCGUGCUCCUGUGGAUGGCGUCAGAUGGGCUCUAUGCCAAGCGGCUUUGCCAGAGCCGAGUGUACUGGGAGGGCCCGCUGGCCCCGUACACGGACAAACCCAACAAACUGGAGAAAGAACAGACCUGCAAGCUGUUUGACACUCAGCAGUUCCUCACUGAGCUGCAGGGGUAUGCCCAACAUGGCCGUCCCAUGCCCAGGCACCAGGUGGUGCUGUGUUUCGGUGACGAGUACCCAGAUCCCCAACGCCAGACCAAGAUGAUCACAGCACAGGUGGAGCCAAUGUUUGCCAGGGAACUGUUGUACUUCACCCAGCAGAACAGCAGUCACUACCUUAGGGACUAUGAGCUCCAGGGACACACAGAGAGCUCCCCUCCAGCUCCAGGAGACUACCAGAGGACCCUCCAACACAUGCAGGAGUAACACAUACAAACAUGCCUCAGGAGCCAUGGACAUGCAUGUAGAUAGACCAAUGAGCUUAACUGCUGUAAUGUAUAUGGUAUACUCAGGUCUUGAACUAAAAUGCCUCACUGUGAUUUCAAUGUAAGACUGGACUGUGCCUCCAUCAUCAGUGUCAACAGUUUGAGCCAAAGAUGAUCAAAGAUGAAAGUAUCUACCCUAGUUUGUACAGCCUUACAAUUAUGUUUCUAAUCAUCAUUUAUUUGUCUUUUUUUAAACAAUAUGAAAAACUGAUUAAGUAUUUUUGAUUUGAUCUGUUGUAAUAGUUUUGUUUCAAUAUCACAUCUGGAUGCCAGUGUCUAGGUGAAUGUGUUUGAUUGAUUGGUUGAUUUUGCAAAACCUGCUCAAGGUAGCUGUAGAUAAUUGAAGUGAUUGGUUUUAGGCUGACCCUAGCAUUGGUUCCCACUUGAUCCUUGAUACAUUAUAGCUACAAAGUGUGUGGUGUGUGUAGGCUUAUCACAAGAGAUAGUGUGUUUUCCGGUGACAUCUGUAGGAAACCCACAACACCCCCUGACCUGUGGUAGUGGUGUGGUGGGCGGAGGUAGCCUGCCCCUGUCUCUCUCUCCCCAUCUCGCUCUCUUUCUUUGUCUCCCUCUACAUUUUCUCUCUUGCUAACACUUGCUUUCAACGAGAGAGGGAUGCAUGUGUUUGUGUAUCUUUGUGUGUAUGUGUGUGUGUGCAGGCGUGCGUGCAUGUAUGUGUCUGCAUGUGAGAUUGUGACAGUGUAUAGGAUGCGGUUUGAGGGGACGAGGACCAAUGUGAAGCAGAGGGCGACUGACAGAAGCAGGAAGCACCAGUCACAGGUGCACAGGAAGUGGAGUAGCCCUCAGGAGAAAGGGAGAAGAGGCUUAAUGUGACCCAUUUCCAGAAGCUAGGCAUAUGUUGAACGUCACUACUUCACAGGAGAGGCAUUUUAAGGAAAAACAUUUUUUUUUAUAUCAAAAUACUUUUUGGGGCAGAAAUGCAUUUUGGAGCAUAUGAACUUUCAUGUGCCUUAAUAACAAACUUGUAUGCCAUCUGUAAAUACAAAUAAAAUGGUUAAAUUAC